AUGAAGGAUGAAGAGGCAGGAAAUGUGCCGUUCCGACAGGUGGUGGGGAGCCUGAUGUGGAUCGCCAACCAGACGAGGCCCGACAUCUCACAUGUUGUGCGGGCAGUGGCGAGGCACUCUCAUGAGCCAAAGAAAAACCACUGGAAGGCGGCCCAGAAGAUUCUGAAUUAUCUUCUGGAGACGCCAUGUAACUUUGAAGUACAAGCAGGACACAAUGGUAGUCGUAGGCACGUUGGACGCAGCUGGGACAACUUGAAGGCGGGGUUCCAGCAGCCAGGGUACGCAACUCUGAACUGGACGCUUUCUGACUGGAACGGAGCAGUAACUGAACGAGUAGAGAUGACAGAGGUGCAGGAGAUGAUGGGCAUGCUGCCAUCGCUACUGCAGGCCGAGUCGGAAGGGCAAGGCCAGGAGGGGUCGGCGGCGCUGCAAGAGGGCGCCGCGGGUGCGGCGGAAUUGGGGGUUCCGCCGAGCAGCCACCGAGAGCUGUACCCUGCGGUGGUCGUCAGGGAGGGCGACACUGCUGAAGGAGAGUGUCACAGCUCUCGGUGGCUGAAGGAGAGUGUCAGCAGUUGCCGCUGGAGACACUGGUGAGGGUGUCACAGCAACCGAUCAAUCCGUUCAGGGGAGGUCGGGUGGAGAAUGCGGCACGGCGGAAGGGUCGUGUCCACUGUUCUGCCUUGCUGUAGUAGCGGGCGGGGCGCACAGAAGUCGCCGGAAUUGAUGGUGCAACAGAACGGACGGAGAGGCCGUGAAGUCGCGCAGUUUUGGCGCGCACUCCAUCUGCGGUAAGGCGGUGGAUCAACAUGAAAGGCGUUAGAGUAAUCGGCGCAACAGAACGGACGGAGGGGCCGUGAAGUCGCGCAGUUUUGGCGCGCAUUCCAUCUGCGGUAAGGCGGUGGAGCACCAGGACGGUAGAGAGACCGUUGGGCAGGAUUGCCGGAGACACUCAACCAUGGAUCGACCGCGCGACGGCGCGGGGGGGGGUGGGCGCCGUACAUGCUUGAUGCUGGCGGUGUUUUGUUAAGUCGAUCCAAGGCCGGCAGUAGAGGCCGGGUACGCCCUACCACGGUUGACACGCGCGACGGCGCGUCGGGGGGUGGGCGCCGAUCACGCGGGAGCGGGCGGCGUUUUUUUACCACAGCACGGACGGAGGGGCCGGGCCGUGGCUGUUCUGCCUCGUCAUAGGAGCGGGGGGAGUAGCAUAUUAAGUCGCGCGGAGGUGGCGCGCAACCAUCAGCCGGAGGUGGGUGGUGGAACGGGGCACAGCUAAGUGGGUGUCAUCAAAGUCGCGUGGGGAGGUGCCGCGCGCAUUUCAUCAGCCGGGAACGAGCGGUGGAGACAAGAAUGCGUCAGGAUGGACGUGAGGAAUUAAAGGCGUGCUUCGCCAUCAAGAUGUGUUGGUGGAGUAGUUGGAAUAAGCUUGGAUUUUGUUGUCUUGUUUUGUGUGGAGGUACCAGUUUGAGGUCGUGAUGAAAUCAAGCAACUUGUAUUCGAGGAAAUUCUGUUCACUGUUGCGUGUUUCUUUCCGCCGUCAUUUGCGCGUUGUCUUGCACCCAAAUCGUGGUUGUUCUGAAUGUUUGUGUUCGUCGUUAUGCCAUUAGUGCAUCCUUCGCCGGUGACGUUGUGUUGCUGGUGAUGAUGGCAAAGUGUCGGGGGGUAGAGACGUUCACGUUGGUAGAAUUUGCCACCAUCACUCAUGUGUGGGGGCUACGCGGUUAUAUGUGACCCACGGCCUAAGUAGGAGGCGCAACAAGUGUUUUGUUUACCUGAGUUGUUGCAGAACAAGGGAGGGUGGAAACGGGCGUGUUUCUUUUGAGAAUGUUACGCUUGAAGAGUACGCCCGGUCUUGGUAUUAUGCAACUUGACAGGUUGGUGUGUCGGGCAGGUAUGCAGUUGUUAGUGGAAGUCGAUUUUGUUUUCACGUACGGAAGCAUGUUGGUUGUGUCUGUUUUGGGAAGCGACAUCUAGGUGAUGGCCAUGUGCGUGUUCCUCUGGGCGCCGGUGUUGCGCAAGGGAGGGCACUAGGCUUAGGUUCCUGGUGUGCUUGUCUAUAAUGCAGACAGCGUAGAUGCUUGGGGUUCGUAGUACAGCGUUACCAAGUUGUGGGGGGGCGUUUGUGUUUUGCGUAGUUGUGCUUGAAGGUUCAGUAGCAAGUUGAUGUAUCCUUGAUUGAAGGAGAACUGAGGAUUGAUUUGGUAGUUUGCAGAUGGUGGACCUUGUUUGAAGCAGGCUACAUUCGGCAGGUUGUAUAUUUCUCAAAAGCGGGCAUCCUUUGGAGAAUCGAGUUUGAUUGGUUUUUCAGUUGGAAACAGGUCAUGAUUUUGAGUUCGUGUAGGAUUGCAGAUGGUUGAACCGAAGGCAGGGAGAACGUACCUGUUCGAUGCAGUUUUCGUGUGGAAUGCAGAUAGACAGGGAGGGCGUUGCCUGCAUGUGUGUGACACCUGAAGAGUCAGUUGGUGCUGCACAGUAAGGAGUUCGUUCCAUCAUGUCGGAAGGAUUUGUCAGAGGCGUUGCUCGAGGUAGUAGAGCGUUGCCUAGAAUUUGUAAUCCGAGCGUCUGGAGUGGUUUUAUCUUUGUCUUCUUGCAGUACGGCCGUUGGAAUCAUUGGUGAUAUGGACGGCUAUUGGAUUUUGUUUGAGCCGUUGGAAUCUUUCGUGAUAUGAUCGGCGUGAGGCGUUGAAUUUCUGAGGGGUUUUGAUCCGGUGGCUGGGUUUCCCCUUUACUUUUGGUUUGUCUCGAAAAGUAGCC